GUUUCGGUAUGAUCGACACAAAUAGACAGCCGACUCAUUCCGAAGCAUUCCGAUACGUUACGAUUACUUCAGACAUCGAACGAAUAGGGCUGAACUGUGAAGUCUAGGAGAGCGUUGAAGCUUUGUGACUCUUGAAUUUUGUUGGAUUGAUCGUUUGACGGGUGCAGUGAUUUGCUGCUAAGUGGAUAUACGAAGUUCACUCGACUAAGUUGCUAUGGAAGACUUGGAUGCACUACUGGCGGAUCUCCAAGCUACAAGUCCCACAGUUUCCGCAUCGCCGACGGAAUCCAGAGGCAGACAAGCAUCGAAUGGACGAGAAUCGCCCGAUAACCCGCCACCUUUGCCUCCUCCUCCCUCGUUCGAAGCUCUCGAUCCUCAUGGAUCGAAUCCCAAGGACGAUAUACUGUUCCCUCCACCUGUUCCUUCAUCGAGUUUGGGUCAAAAUCUUUCCGAGUUGGACAGUUUAUUGGAAAAUUUGAGCAACCCAAUACAUUAUCCUUCUGAUCCUACAGCCAAGCGAAUAAGUGCUGGAUCACCAAGAGGUAGUCCAACGUCACCAUCACCAAAGCCAGCCAUUAAUGGUCGACCAGCCAGCUACAAGGGUCCUAUGAUGUCCCCCACCCAUGAUAACAGGCCAGUUGAUGGACAUUACAGAGAAAGAAAUGGACCUGAAAGUCCCAUGGCUCAAGUUAAUACAUCUCAUGUUUUCAACCCGGCUCCUCUGCGCAACCAAGUCCAGCAAACCAGGGACUUAGAUAACAGACAGUCACGGACAGCAUCAACAGCCACCAAAGAGCUGGAUGACUUGAUGGCAUCAUUGUCAGACUUUAAAGUCAAUGUUAGUACAGCUCCCACUCCAUCGCAGUCCAGGCUCAGUGGGGAUUAUGCAAAGCCAACUAAAUCAAAACAGCAACUUCCUUUCAUGUGUCACAGCCCUAGACCAGACGUGGCAUCCAGAACAUUUUGUGUGUGCGGCUUGUGGACGGCCAUUUGGUGAAAGUGGCUUUCAUGAGAGAGAUGGGAAGCCUUAUUGUCGUGAUGAUUACUUUGCGUUGUUUGCGCCUCGAUGCGGAGGGUGUGGCCAGCCCAUAGCUGAUAGCUACAUUUCUGCUUUGAGUGCCCAUUGGCACUCAGAAUGUUUUGUGUGUUCGGAAUGCCAUCAAGCUUUUCCAGGUGGAAGUUUCUUUGAGCAUGAAGGCCGACCUUAUUGUGAGAUGCACUAUCAUGCCCGCAGAGGCACGCUGUGCUUCAGUUGUCAAAAGCCAAUCACAGGCCGAUGCAUCACUGCCAUGCACCGUAAAUUUCACCCUGAGCACUUUGUGUGUGCAUUUUGCCUCAAGCAGCUCAACAAAGGUACUUUUAAGGAACAGAAUGACAAGCCAUACUGUCAUCCAUGCUUUGUCAAACUUUUUGGGUAGAUAGUAAAAUAGGAAUGACUCUGUUACAUGUGAGUGGCUGACAGUCAAUAUGUUCAAGUGCAAGUCCAGUAAACUGGGAUGCAUGCCUGAAAUUAGAGAUUAGGUGUAAGCUUUUAUGGUAAAAUAUUGUGGGAUGCCAAAGUUUACAUUAUUGACCCUGAAACUCUUAGAAGUGAUCAACAUGUAACUUCUUCCUAUAAUGUCCAUACAUUAUACAGCAAAUAGGUAAUAAGAAUAUUUGAAUUUAGUUGGUAGAAGUUGCUAUCUUGAUCUAGCACCACAAUUUUUAUAACUAGUUAACAAAGAGAUGUGAAUUAGUUUGUAGGGAGAAUUAGUAAUUAGAUUUUUGGAGUUAAAGUGUUAAAUGCUACAUGUUACAAUUAACAAAGUUUUCAUGUAAGCAUGUUUUAAAAGAAAUGGAAGGCCAUGUAGAACUUAUCAAACUUCGAGAUAACUUGCUUGCCUAUUUUAAUUUAUUCUAUAUGGAAAGUUUACCAGGAAGCCUUUGCAUGAUGUAAUUAACCCUGUUUGUGUGGCUUGCCUGAAAACAUAUUGACAGUUGGCCAUUACAGAGUUGCUUAUCUCA